UGCACGCAACCAGCCCACAAACGAUCAACAUACACAAUGGCUGUCCCUUCCCUUGAGACCGCGCCCGUACUCUCUACCCCCGAUACACACAUCUUCGAAGACCCCACACCCGCGGUAGACACGUCUAGUCUCCCCAGACUUUCGGAUGAUCAGAUUACGCUCACGUACGAAAUCGAGCGGACGGUCAGGGAGAUACGGGAGGGACGAUGGAAGAGGAUCGCGCUGCAGUUCCCCGAUCACAUGCUCACAGAUGCACCGAGAGUAUAUGAUCAGCUGAGUCGGGGGUUGAGCAAGGAGAGGAAGGCGCAGAAUGGAAAGCAAGAAACAAAUGGACCUGUAAAUGGUGCGACUGUAGCAGAAGACCUCAGCACAGACAUGGGCAAGACUUCGAUAUCUGAGGAAGAGAGUAGCCAGGAGAGUCUGUUCAUACUCGGCGACACGUCGUACGGUGCGUGCUGCGUCGACGAGGUUGCUGCAGAGCACGUUGAUGCGGACGUUGUGGUACACUAUGGCCGCUCGUGUCUAUCGCCUCCUUCAAGGCUACCAGUCGUGUACGUGUUUACGGAACGACCGCUCGAUCUCGAUCCAGUAGUUGCGACGUUCAAAGAGACAUACCCGGAUAAGGAGGCAAAGAUCAUACUCAUGGCCGACAUACCGUACUCACACCACGUCCCCAUCCUCCACAAACGCUUAUGCGACGACGGCUACACGAGUCUGCACGCUACUGAAAUUGUCCAUAACCCUUCCUCGCCGCUCCCAAACCGAACAACACCACCCGGAACUUCAGAAACAGACGAGGCCCUCCGCGACUAUGCGCUAUUUCACAUCUCCGACCCACCAACCUCCCUCCUCCUUACCCUCUCCUCGCGCGUCGCCUCGAUACACAUCUAUCCCACCGAAAGCACCUCUUCCGUGGCACCCACCGCCUCGCUCACAAACACCGCAAUGGCCCUCCGCCGCCGCUACGCCCUCCUCACUUCUCUCUCCACCACUCCCAUCUUCGGUAUCCUGAUAAAUACCCUCUCCGUAAAGAACUACAUGCAUAUCCUCUCGCACGUGCAACGGCAAAUCACUGCAGCGGGCAAGAAAUACUACACCUUCGUCGUAGGUAAAGUCAAUGCGGCCAAGGUAGCCAACUUCAGUGAAGUGGGCGGCUGGGUCGUAAUCGGCUGCUGGGAGAGUAGUUUGAUUGAGAGCAGAGAGUUCUGGCGGCCCAUGAUAACGCCGUGGGAACUCAAGGUGGCGUUGCAAGGUGACGAGGAGAGAGUGUGGACGGGGGCCUGGGAGGGCGAUUUCCAAAAGGUACUUGAUGAAGAGGUCAAGGAUGAGGGGAAGAAGGCCGAUGGUAGUGCAGAGGGAACGGGUAUUGGGCAGGAGCAGGAAGAAGACGCAGAUGCGAAUGGAGAUUACGAUUCCGAAGAGGAGUCUGCGCCUCCUGAGUUUGAUCUUAGGACUGGUCGUUAUGUGUCUCAUGCGAGACCCAUGCGCUCGACAGCCACUCCGAAGGCUGUCAAUGGUAAUGCGGCGUCGUCUAGUUCGGCAUUGACCAAACGAGCGAAUGGCGAUAUCGCGGCAGUGGGAGGUGUGGCUUCACCGGGCGCUGAGUACCUGCGCUCAAACAGGACGUGGCAGGGUCUGGGCACCGACUACCGAGACACCGAAGAUGGAGAAAACGGUACUGGUGGUGCGAGGGCGGCUAAGAUGGAAGAGGGUAGAAGUGGGAUUGCAAAGGGUUAUGUUGUUGGUGAACAGGGAAGUAGGCACUGAAGUUGAAGUAGCAGAGCCACGAUGCUGCUCGUUCAUCCUUCUCGGUACUAUGAUUGAUUGAGUGUAACUCAACGCCCUAUCUGUAGCCUAUCAAAAAAUAUUCAGGCAACAAGUGCCAAAAGUUUAUAUCGCU